CAAGGGCUAGUUGUCUUUUAUUAUCUACUGAAAAGAAAUUAGAUUAAAAAAAGUUCUCAAGAGAAUAUGAACGGAGUCUAAACUAAGGUCUUUGUAUUUUAUCCAUAGUUGACCAAUUAACCGGAAUGCCGCGGCUAUCUAAUUAUAAUUAGUGUUUUAAUUUAAAUCUUAAUUUCCGUAUCAUAUGAUUGAGUCAGGAGGAUUCGUCUCGUGACUUCCUAAAGACUGCUUGGAUGGAAUCUUUUCUUUUGAUCUUUAAAUAAAUCGGGGUUCUGGGGUGUAAUGGAUAUUUUUAAAUUAAUUAACCAUUAAAUUAACAACAAUAAAAUUCAGUGAUCGGUCAAGUACAGACCUUAUGAUAAAAAUACAGAAAUGUUUAAUAACUACUACAUGGUUUUGCAAAGCGAUGUGCCAAAGCGUCAAUAUUUGAAAGCAUGACUGCACACUGUAGAAAACUUGGUAUUUGACAAAAGAAGAAGUUAUUGUAAGUGAACAAUAUCUGUAAAUUGACAGUGAAGAAAACAAUGGUGUAAUUGUGUCUCUUUAACAAGAGUUCAAACAAUGACAACGUAUAAUUUACAGUAUUUGUAACUGCCCGCAUUACUGCUAUAUCACUUCUUUGGAACUUACAAUGUCGAACUACAAAACAAGACUUCAGGAGGCUUAAAAUAAUUACAGGCCCCGGAAAUGGACAACUUAUCAGAGGAACAAAUUGCAGAAAUGAGAGAAAUUUUCAGUCUUUUUGACAAAGACUGUGACGGUUUUAUAGAUGUACGAGAACUGGGAAAAGUUUUAAGAUCUAUGGGGCUUAAUCCCACAGAGGUGGAAAUAGAGGAUCUUAUCAACCAGUACAGGGACGUAGAUGAAAACACAACUGAAGACGACUCGGAAGAUGGCAAACUUGACUUUUCUGAAGUUAUGAAAAUUUUGGCAAUAAAAUCAAAGGAGCCACCAGAGACGGAAGAAUAUUUACGCGAGGCGUUCCGAACGUUUGAUAAGGACGGUAGUGGGAACAUAACGUUAAUAGAACUCCGGCAAAUAAUGACUAAUCAUGGAGAAAAACUGACGGAUGAAGAAGUCGCAGAACUCAUUCAAGAGGCAGACGAUGGAAAAGGGGAAGUUCAUUAUGAAGACUUUGUGAAGCUGAUCCUAAGCAAGUGAAAAAUUUAAAUCAUUAAUCUUAGAUGACAAGUAAUAAAAAAUGACAUACUAGAAAAUAAUAUGUGGAAGUCGUUAAAGUGCUACUACAUGUACAUGUAAUAGAGGAUACUGUCUUUGUAAAAGCAAGCACAAAAAAGAGUACGCACAAAAAUCUUUCAGAUUUUGAAAUCACUGAAAAUGUUUAUACAUAUAUCCGGUACAUGUGUGAAUAGAAGUCUAAUACUUGUUAAUUGAAAAAUAUUCCGAAAAGGACAACCUAUAUUUAAAACACGUGUUAACAAGAGUAAAAAAUAUUGCUUAUCAAUGGUCAUCACUCACCUUUUCAGAUGUUAACCACAAAGAAAGAAGUUUUUAAAUCAAAAGAAGCUAAGCUAUAUUGCAGAGACAAAAACUGUAACAUUUGAUUUCAAAUCUAAGAAAAUUUAUGAUUUUAAACAUUUUCAAACAUAUAAAUCGUCAAAUCAUUUUUUCACUCUUAAUAAAACAGAUAUUCUUGAUGAUUAGCAAAAAAAACAUAGUUUGGGCAGCAUAGAAUACGCAAUAUGAAUGAGAAAUGGAAUUCGCAUUUUUUCCUUGUGCACUGCCACCUCUACGAAAUAAAUUACUUUCUUAAAAUUCAUUUGAGAGAUGAUUCUACCAACGAGUCCUCUGAAAUUGAUUUUAAUAAAGUGCUGGAAUUUCUCAUUGACAAUAAGUAAUCUUUGGAGAUUAUGCAUAUUCUAUGGUUGUUAUAACGACCUUGUUUGUAAACUGAAACUAUCGUUAGGACCUACACUUUCUCGCCUAUUUUUAUGAAUUGUAAGUCAUUUGUUUUUGUAAUAAAUUGUAUAUUAUUAUGUUAUUUUCAUUAAUUAUUUAAUUACGGAGUACUCCGUACAGCUGAUCGAUAC